GCCUCCAUCCCUGGAAGUGUUAAAAAAAUGUGUAGAUGUUGGACUUGGGGACGUGGUUUAGUGGGAUACCUGGCAGUGCAGGGUUAAUUGGUUGCACUUAUUGGUCUUAGAGGACUUUUCCAACCUUAAUGAUUCUGUUAUUUUAAAUUUCAAGUCCCUGCAGUGCCAUCUCCUUUCCCUGCCAUUCACCUCUGGCUCAACCAACCCCUCACACACCAUCCCCCACUGUCUGAGCCUGGAUGGAGUCUUGGGACACUGAGCAGCGUGGAGGUCUACAAGGGCAGCCUGUUAGCAGGGCAGCCUGUUAGCAGGGGAGAUCACGGGGAUGGGUAAAUGCUCCAUGAGCCUGGAGGCCUUGAAGAAGCAUUACAGGCGAAGAGCAUCAUUCUUUUGUGUGGCAUCCUCCUCUGUCAGGGCGCUUUGAGCAGUAAUUACGCUGAUAUAGCCUGGCUGGGAGAGGGUGCAGUUGAUUAGUUUACCACUGUGUCCCUGUCAUGGUGAUGGUUACAACCUGCUGCUCACCCCCUAAAGGUACUGUGGAGGGGAGAUGCUUUUGACUUGCGACUCCUUUGCAACUCCACCCUGUGAUUGCCAUGUAGGCUUGAUGUUCCAAGGUGGCAGUUCUUCCCCACAUCCCCCUCCCAGCUCAGUAGCCCUGUUCCCAGCGAGCCAAUGGCCAGGUGGCCCUGCGCAUUAGCCUGACCUGUCAUCCCACUGAUUCCCUCCUAGCUAAUCCUGGCUGAGCCGGGCUGGGGUGAGCAGGGCUCAGCUGUCAGCCAUGGCUGCGCACACCCCGCUGCCCCCCAACCUGCGCCGGGGCUUGGUGGCGUUCAGCGGCUCCCUCUUCAUCACCAAUAAGACACAGGAUAGCGGCACUGCCCACAUCUACCAGCCAGCCCACGAGGUGCUGGCCAGCCUGCCCCUCCAGGUGAUGCUCUACUUCAACGUCUACUACUUCCCCGUCUGGUGCCUGGCUGAGGGAAUGAUGCUGCAGCUGAAGUACCACCUCCUGCCUUGGCACUACCAGUUCCUGCUGGUCACAGCCUUCCUCAUUCUCUCGCUGGCUGAGAGCUCCCGACUCUACCUGGGCUACCUGGGCAAUCUCCAGGAGAAGGUGCCUGAGCUGGCUGGGUUCCUGCUACUCUCCUUCCUGAUCCAGCUGCCCCUCCUGCUCUUCCUGCUGACAGACAGCCAGGUCAUUCACUUGCCACUGGAGAUGCCCAUGCACAGCCUGUUCCUGGCCUUCCUCCUCGCCGAGAUUGUGGCUGCCUUCCUGGCGCUGAAGACCAUGACCAAGCAGCUGGCGGCACAGUUCUACCUGCAGCAUUUCCAAGAGGGCAGGAGGGGCCGGCCAGGGGGCACAGGGGGGCAGGCAGCUGAGGUGGGGUGAUGCUGCAGGACCCCUCCAAACCAUGCAGUCAGUCCCGGUAGGGAACAUUAAAUGGUGCUUGAACCCACAGACACUGUGUUUUUGAGCCUUGUGGAGUUCAGAGAGCAGUCCCUGGGCACGGACCCGGACAAACCCUGCCCUGCACCAGGCUGAUACAGCCCGAGGCAGGUGGGAAUGAGGGAUCAGCCCCUCUGAAACACUCCGGCUUGCCCCAGGGCUGUGCCUGUCCUUGCUGAGCAUCAGCCCUGGCAGGAGGCAGAAACUGGGGGUGCAGAAGCCACUGCACCCCCCAGGAAGUACCAGCUCAGGGCUGGAGCCUUAAACUGGGCUCUUAAAUCCUCUCUGAGCUUCCCAGGGAUCUCCUGAGGAUCUGGGCAGCUCACAUGAAGCCAUCCCAGCUGGAAGCAUGCAGGUGCUGCGAGGUGCGAGAGCAGCAUCCCAAAACUUGACAGCCACUCGCAGAGACAGAGCAGAGCCACCUCCCACUUUUGGAACAGCUUUAUUCCAUUGCAUCUCUGGUUUUCAUGGGAAAUCAAAGCCCACAGCCAUCAGAAUGUGGAGAAACAUAAAGUGCUUUAAGCCUCUUUUGCCCAGCACAGCUCUGCUCCGGCACCAGUUAUCAGUGCUGGGAGUGGCAGCUGAGAUGGCUUUGUGUUCCAAGAGCCAAGAACUGCUGCUGCUGCUGCCAAUGUUUCUCCAGGAAAGGCAGACCUUAACCCCAGCAGUGCACACCUGGGCCAGGACUGGCCCACCUCCACCUGGGCCGCAGCCAUGCCCCCAUCAUGUCUACCUGGAGGUGGCUCCGGAGGGAAGGGUGCUUGUGGUGGAGCAUUCCCGAUGUCCAUAAGCUGAGGCCUCGGGCUUACCUUUAGGGGGGUUUGCCUAAAAAAAUGAACAGGGGUAACAGUACAACAGGCACGGGGAUGGCCCAGGUGGACCUGCACUGCUCUCCUUGGUCGCAUGAGAACAGAUUCACUCUCUAAGACUCCCACUCCGCUCCUGAUUUGAGAUCUGGCAUGAGGAACAUUCUCCACCAGCAGGAUGCUGCAGCCCUGGGGCAGUUCACCAGGAGCUGGUGGAUCUCAGUCCUCAGAAGCUCCAAAGACUUGGCCAGAAAAAGCUGGAGAUGAACUGAGGCAGGGCUGGCAGCUCUCCUGCUCUGUGGGGGCCUCCCUGUGACUCACUGAUUCACCAAGGAAGUGAAUUCCCACAGCAGGAAUCAUGUGAGGCAUGAAAAUCUGUCACUGAACUGCAGCACAGGAUGUGCUUUGAAGAGCUGCCCUCUCUCUGCAUGGAGUCCAGCCAGAUUCCCUUUGGAAGAAGAAUAAGUGUGGAGCUGGGUCACAUUUCCAGGUAAGGUCCCCAUGGGGACCCCUUGUUGUCCAACAGGAACUGAGGUUGUGAUGCAACCUGAGUCCUGGUACCAGCUGCAUCCCUCUCCCAGUUCAGACCAGCCAUCAAGCCCAAAAGCUGGAGACUAAGAGCUGCUCCACCAGGAUCUUCCCAGAUCUUGUGAACUGAGUUUUAACCAAGGGGCAGAAAAUCAUAAAAUUAUUCACUCCAAAAACCUUCACUCCAACCUUCUCUCUCCCAUGUGGUCCCACCCUUACCUCCUCGAACUUCUCCUUCCAAUACAGGUCAGCCUUUGCAUCCAGGUAGAGCAGAACUAGGUCACAGACCACUGUAGCCUGGAGACAGACAGAUGUUGAAGACUGUACGCAGGGAAACUUCCCACUGGAAUGUCUAGCCCUCCACCCUGGCUCCCACUGAGCCCUGCAGCUGGCUGUGGGCCAGUGCUGAGGGCAGCGAGCCGGCCCUGCCUCUGGCCAGGUCACCUGCCAACUCCAAUGGCUCCUCUCUGACCCAACAGGCUCCCAUGAGCUGCACAGGAGGUCAGACAGGAUCACCUGGGCUGCAAUGGAUGGACACAGGGAGUGCUCUUCCAGUGCCCUCACAGCUGUGUAUGGACUGGGAUGAGCAUGUUAGGGACGAAAGAGGGGGCAGGUGGGGGACCUCAGGCUCCCUUCCAGUUACCUGCUGGAAGGGAUGAGCCAUAUAAGGGCUCUAUGAGGAGCUGCCCCAUCUGGUGACAGGACACCAGGUCACUUUAGAGUCAGGGGAGAAGCAGAGAGAGGAGCUGCUCUCCCCUACCAGCAGCAUCCCAGCGAUGCUCCUUCCCAGGGCCCACACAAACACCCGGCCUCCGCGAGACAUGACCCUGACAGUGCUCAGGAUCCCAGUGCUGUCAUUACUGCUAAUGGUCACAGGGAAACGGGAGCUGACACCCUGCCAGACCAUCUCCUGUUCACACUGACUGGCACCCAGGAAGCCUUGUGCCCAGGCAGGCAGGGAAACAACUGAUGACCGCAAAUCCCAAGCCAUGGAUUGAAGGAAAAGAGCGUAUCUGGAGUACUCACAGCACCAAAGAAGGCAAUGCUUGUGCCGAAGCUCACGGCAGUAGGAAUGAUGCUGAACUUCCCAGCCUGGUGAGAAAUAGUGGAGAGGGAAGACAGUGGGUAGAGAGUGAUGAGAGGGGUGUGGGCUGUGGGGCGGUGUGCUUAAAGUUGUGUAACAUGGAGUCUUUAUAUGAUAAAGAAAUGGAGUCUGCUCCCUGAUCAGAUGGUAAUCAGCACCCUUUUUAUCCCUUAAAACCAUGUGACCUUGUGACCAAUGGGGUUGUCUAUUUCGGUGCAUGUCCCCUGGGCUUCCCUGCCCUUGGUGCGUCCCCUGCACUCCUGGACAUGCCUCCUACAAAGUUGGGGUGUGCAGGAGGGAUCCAGGAACAUUUCUCCAUGCCCAACUCUAGGAAUUGCUGUUGCACUGACUCCAAGCCCCUUUGGCUGUCAAAGAAGGAACUGACAGCUGGUGACCUAGUGGCAGCAGAAGUUACUGUGACCCACCUGCUCCCCCAGGCAUGGCAGGAGCCUCCCUCUUGCUGCAGCUGCCACCCAUGGAACCAUAUUCCAGCAAACAUGGCCCUGAUGCGAUGUGUCCCUCUCUGCUCAAAUGAGUCUGGUGGUCUGUGGGGGGAGAGAUUUUGGGGUUACAGUCUCUCUCCCAGCUUUCUCUCCUGCUGCUGGACCUGCCCUCACUACCCAGAAGUGGUGCAUCCUGUCCUAUGAUGUGUGCUUGUCCUAGUUAGGACAGCUGAGACCAGUUCAUCAUGGUGUGGGUGUAACCCAAAACUGUGUAUUCUAUAGCCUUCCAUGCCAUUUCCCAGAAAUUGUUAGCAGUAGAGGCCUGCAAGAUAGGAAGAUGUUCCUGUCCUCAUACCCUUUUAUGGAAUUCCCCGCUCUGAGGGAAGGACUGAGCAUCCU